AUGCGGACGCUGGUGCUGGAGCAGAAGGCGGAAAUCGAGCGGCUGAACAAGAAGGAAUUGGAGGAUCGGCAGGCCAUCAUACACCUUGAAACACGUUUGAAAAACAACGAGAAACAACUUGCCAAGCGCCCCCCCAUCGAUGACAUCUCCGCCAAGCUCAAAGUCUUGGAAUCUGAGCAUGAAUCCCUCAAGCAAUCCCUCAAAGAGUCUCACGAACGUGAGACUAAAACCAAAAAGGAGCUAGAGGACAAGCACGCUCAGGCGAUGGUGGAGGUGGCCGAAAAGCUCAAGACCAGCAACAACAGAAUUAAGACUCUGGUGUCUAAGCUUAAGACUGCUGAGGCGGAGGCGGCGGAUGUCGACGAGCUGAUCUUCCAUAACUCGUCGUGGUACAAGAAGCAUGAUCCUCCGGCCGGUUUUUCUGACGAUGAGGAACAGGACGAGGCGGAAAGCUCCGGGUCCAGCGAGCAUCAGUCAGACGAUGACUCCGGUGAUGCUUCCGGCAAGGACGACAUGUACCAAGCCUCUGACGACAAUCCGAAAUCUUCCGAGUGA